GAGAUAUCGUCUCCAUUCCCAAACAGCGCGUCUCCCCGAGUGGUGGUCCGCAGUGGAUAAUAAGAAGACGGUUAUCAGAUCAGGAAGUUGAACAAGACGCGAGUUUACCUGCGCUCAGGUGCGUUUUUUUUUUUAAAAAGUUGACCGUCCAGGAGUGGCAUAGGAAAAGACACAGUGAGGGCUCAAAGAGAGAGAAAGAAGAGCGCACAGACAGAAACAACCGGGAAAAGUCACGGAUGCAACCGUCUUUAUUGACUCAGUGAGAAACCGGAGCUGCUCAUCAGAUCAUCAAACUGUUUAAACGCUUUAAAACCAAGAGAGGAGACAUCCAGAGGAACCAUGAGGAAAUCUUCAUAUCCAGUGAGAUCAGCCAGCGCUCGGGCGAAGAGAACAGAACGAGAGGUAUCGGGCAUCACCAGUCCCACGCUGAAAAGGUCGUUUGAGGUUGAGGAGACAGAUUCAUCCACACAUCCCUCGCCCCUGUCUCGUCGGACCACCAACCCUCUCCGCUCUUCCACCUCUUCCGCUUCCAGUCAGCGGAGCUAUGACCUAAGCUCCCGCAGCUCUGACUACUCCUCUUCCAGAUCUUCUCCCACUGACUCCAAUCCACGCUCUCCAAAGACCGGCAUGAGGCGAAUUGAGUUAUCAGGGGCUCGUAACCCUGAGGCAGCCUCUGCCCGCCGCACUGAAAUCUCCAUUGAGGUCUCCUCGAAGCAGGUUGACAACUCACCGAGCGCAGGCAUCGCUCGCUUCGGCCUCAAGCGGCCUGAGGUCAGCUUGAGCAGUCGGAGUACUCCUCUGGACACCUCCUCCAACUCCUUCUCAACAAACAGGAGGGCAGAGCUCAGCAUGACACGGUCCAGUGAGCCCCCUGCCCCUCCCAGGAGGAUGGACGCCCAGCUGUCCUCAGCCCCAGUCUCAAGGAUCCCCGAGCCACCUCAGAGAAGAGUAGAUCCCCCGUCCCCUGCCAUCAGCCCAGUCGAAGGGGCCCUGAGGAGGCCAGAGAUGCCCGUCUUCAAGCAGCCAGAUGGUUUGGUGCAAGGCAGUCCAGUGGAGAACAACAACCAUCCGCCUCCUGCACCCAGUGCACCUCUGCCGUCCCUGGUGGAGCCCAGGGUGGAGAGGGUGCAGUCUCCUGUCACAGAGACGCCCACAGCCAGACCAACAGACCGGCCAGAAGUGAUCCCCAGCUACAACAGCAGUGCCAUGUCUGAGGCGGUGUUGCCUGACACGAUGGUGUCUCCUGCGGUGGGUGCUCUGUACGGGGAGAAGGCCGGGGGUCCCGUGGUGGACUUCAGUUACGUUGGCAUUGACGCCAUUCUGGAGCAGAUGAGGAGGAAGGCCAUGAAGCAGGGAUUUGAGCUCAACAUUAUGGUUGUGGGACAGAGCGGCCUGGGAAAGUCAACUCUGAUGAACACCCUGUUCAAGUCUAAAGUCAGCCGUAAGUCAGUGCUGGCCACGGCCCAGGAGAAGAUCCCCAAAACAAUCGAAAUAAAGUCCAUCAGUCACGACAUCGAGGAGAAGGGAGUGAGAAUGAAGCUGACAGUCAUCGACACACCAGGAUUUGGAGACCAGAUCAACAACGAGAACUGCUGGCAGCCCAUCAUGAAGUUCAUCAAUGACCAGUAUGAGGCGUACCUGCAGGAGGAGAUCAACAUCGACAGAAAGAAAAGGAUCCCUGACUCCAGAGUCCACUGCUGCAUAUACUUCAUCCCCCCCACCGGACACUGUCUGCGGCCUCUUGAUGUAGAGUUCAUGAGACGUCUCAGUAAGGUGGUCAACAUCGUACCAGUCAUUGCCAAAGCAGAUACUCUCACCUUGGAGGAGAGAGACUUCUUCAAAAAGAAGAUCAGGGAAGAGCUGCGAGCCAACGGGAUCGACGUUUACCCUCAGAAAGAGUUUGACGAGGACGCAGAGGACAGAAUGAUCAACGAGAAGAUCAGGGAGAUGAUUCCUUUUGCUGUGGUGGGCAGCGACCAGGAGUACCAGGUGAACGGCAGGAGGCUGCUGGGGAGGAAAACCAAGUGGGGGACAAUUGAAGUUGAGAACAUUGCUCACUGUGAGUUUGCUUAUUUACGGGAUCUCCUCAUCAGGACCCAUAUGCAGAACAUUAAGGACAUCACCAGCAGCAUCCACUAUGAAAUGUAUCGUGUGAGACGCCUCAAUGAGAACAACACGGCGGUGUCUCAUGCCAACGGUCUCCCAGAACACCAUCUCUCCUCCCACGAGAUGUAAACGCCACCUGCACGCACGUGGGCGCCCUCACCUGUGUGUCAAUGAGACUCCGUUUUUAACCGACAGUCUUCCCUCCACUCCAUCCAUCUCCAUCGCACAGGUGGGACAGAAACUUAGGAGACUUUAUAUUUCAGUGACUUUGAGCAGCCCCAUGGACUCUCCCCCGUCCGUGUACCGGCUCCUGAACGAACACUUUCCUCUCACUGCCGCCGAGAAAGACGUGAAGUGAAGUCAUCGUGAUGUGCUGCAGCUUGAUUUUACCGCCUUUGUCAUCCGGCCUUUGUGGGUUUUUUUAACUUGUGGUGCCAAACAAUAAGCAUCUGCCAAACACAACGGACGGACGCUUUCAAAUCUUUCAGUGUCAGAAGUGCCUUAAUUAUCUUGUUAACCUCGUCCACUUUUACUUUAUUCAACUUUGAUGUUUUUAAGCAGUGCCUUUCAGAAUUGAUGCAUUAACAAAAGCACAUUUUUCUAUGGAAGCCUUCAGCCAUCAUGCAUCCAUACAUUUUAUUUACUCCGUUUUUUCCUUGGACACAGAGUUAUGUCCCGUUGUUUUUCUCAAAGUUUUGUAAUCUCGAGAUAACAAAGCUGGGUUAGUCAUGAUAACAGGAUCUUUUUCUGGAGAUCUAGAAAACAAAAUAAUAUUCUGGUCACUGUGAAAGGCCGGAUUGUUGUCUGCGAUGCUGAGAAUAUGAGAUAAAUAAGACAAAUCUGGAGUAAACACUCUUAUCAUUUGAAUUUAAGGAGUAAAUAAAAAGUACUGAUGCAUGUCUGCUAAGGGCUUCACUGAUUUCUCUCUUUGUAUGAACAUACGUGGGAAGUGAUGAUACUCGGUGUUGCUCUCGAUCACUGCAUACGUCUGUCUUUUGAAAACAUCUUGGAACGGGGCCGAGCAGCACUCUGCGGUCUGUUUAUGUGACGCAGCAUUAUUCAGAUCUUUCCUCAACUUUGAACCAAAGAAAGGUCAUCAAAUCCCACGUACCAUGUUUCCGCUCAUAUGUUUCACACGUUGUGUUUUCAUUUAAAUGUAGAUAUCAUGUUCAAUAUGGAUUUUUUUUUUAAUUCUUAGUAAUAAAUGUCUUCUUUUUUUUUAUUGAUAGGAAUAUCUACAGAGUGAUUUAAGACGAAUAAGUAUUUAUGCACGAUAUCAAAUGUGAACGUUUGUCAUCUGUUUUGGUCCACUUAUUCACUUUCUAUCACACACACACACACACUCAUGUGUUUCCUGCCCUGUCGCCCGUCUUAGUGCCUUAUUUAUUGGAGAAUGUUUGCGAGCAUGUUGGCUGAAACUGGACAGAGAAGCAGGUUUGUUUGUUGGUGCCAAAUAGACAACAUUUAGACAUUAUUUUUUAACCCCUCUCUCCACUUCACCCCCCAUAAUCUACCAAUGAUCGAUCUCAGUUUGAACCAUAUAUAAUGUUUUUAUCUGUCAUGCUCUGUCCUGUAUAUGCGUCUGUGUUCUGCAAACAUUUUUGUACUUGUAUUAUUGAUAAUAACAAAGUUUCCUUUAUAUUAUUUUAAAGAAAUAAAGAUUCAAGUUGUAAAAAUA